CCUUUUACAAUUGUCAUGUCUGUUUUUCCAAUACACACUGUCUUUCAUCAAAAUCUUGGCACUGACCAUUUCUCUGUCUUCACUCUGCUUCGUCUCUCAUUUCCUAAAUUGCUACAAUUCCUAACAUCCAAAUCAAUGCUCUACUUUUCAUUUCUCUUACUAACUUUUCUUUCUCUCUAUCGUUUUACUCCACUUUCCCCCACAAAGUCAGAAGCUUGGCAAGAUUAAGGAGUGUUUGGUUUGGGGGGUUUCUCUGUGGUUUUCUGGAAAACCAAAAACAUGGCUUCAGAAAACAGGGUGGUCUAUAUAAUUUCUCACAUCCACAGUCUUCAGGGAUUUUGAGCACUCAUCGAGAAUUCAAGGUUUGGUGCUUUUUUGAGGAGUAGAAGAAUGGAUAGCUUUUUUAGCACAAGUUCUGAGAAGAGGUUGGUAGAUAAUCCUAACGUUGCAAUAAAAGAUGAAUCUGAAAGGAGGCCUCAGAUGGAUGCUUUUGUUGAUGAUGAUGGAUGGGUUCCAGUUAUCAUAUCUUGGAUCAGAAUUGUUACUUGUUUUGUUUCUAUGAUGAUCACAACGUUUAUCUGGGCAUUGAUCAUGCUUGUGCUUAUACCAUGGCCCUAUGAGAGGAUUAGGCAAGGAAACGUAUAUGGGCAUGUGACUGGCAGAAUGCUGAUGUGGAUUCUGGGGAAUCCUAUAAAAAUUGAAGGUGCUGAGUACUCCAAGAAGAGGGCCAUUUACAUCAGCAAUCAUGCAUCUCCAAUUGACAUAUUUAUGAUAAUGUGGUUGACUCCUACAGGCACUGUCGGUAUUGCAAAGAAAGAGAUUCAGAACUUGUUGACAACCAUUUCUAUGCAGAUCAUAUGGUAUCCUCUAUUUGGCCAACUUUAUGUUUUGUCCAAUCAUCUUCGUAUAGAUCGGUCCAAUCCAAUGGCAGCAAUUGAGUCCAUUAAAAAGGCAGCUCAUGCAGUUGUGAAGAACAAUCUGUCACUGAUAAUUUUUCCAGAGGGCACAAGGUCUAAAAAUGGACGACUUCUACCUUUCAAAAAAGGUUUUGUUCAUUUGGCUCUGCAAACCGGUCUUCCAAUUGUUCCAAUGGUCCUAACAGGUACUCAUCUGGCAUGGAGAAAAGGUAGCUUACAUGUCAGACCAGCACCACUUACUGUCAAGUAUCUUCCUCCUAUAAGCACUCAAAAUUGGACAGUUUCCAAGAUUGAUGACUAUGUUAAAAUGUUACAUAAUUUGUAUGCAGAAAACCUUCCCAAAUCUCAGAGACCUCUGCCUUGAAAGGCUAAGUAUAUAUUGUAUAUGACUUAAGUAAAACGAGGAGCUUCAGCAUUAUCAAAUCAUUUAUGUAGCUAGCUCAAUACAAUGUGCUAGCAUUUUAAGUACCAUUCUAGAUUUUAUGUAAAAUGUUGAUAAAGUUUGCUCAA